GCUCAGACAUUCAUUGUUGGCAUCUGACCGCCUUGUUCCUUUCCGAUUUCAUCACUUGGCAUCGAACCUCAUUUUAGUUCAAAGGACUCCAGUUUCAGUCUUUCAGGAUGUCCAAGGGUGAGGUUCCGGUCAAGGCGCUAGCAGCGAUCGGCGGCACGGCCGUGGCCGCCCUGGUUUUGAAGAAGUACUACGACAGUCAGCAGGGGAACUUCCUCGUCAAGGAGAUUCCAUUCGGCGAGGUGUCGCCUGCCAUCCUACAGGCCAUCAAGAAGGCGAGGGCCGAGCACAAGAUGAAGAUGGAGAGCCCUUCGACGGCUGCUCGGGGGCGCUGCACGUGGCAUACCAGUUCGCGGAGACGCUGCGCGCUGCGCCCCCUCGGCCGGGCCUGGCGAGCGAGCACUCUCUGCCGUUGCCGUGAUAACAGGGCGGCGGAAGCAUGAGCUUCGGGAUGUCCGUGCGGACUUCUCGGUCAGCGCUGGACCCCCUCCCCGCACCCCCUGGGCGCCGCCCCCGGCGCGCUCCGCGCGCGGGGGGCUGGGGAAGGGCUGCAGGGGCGGUGGUCCGGCGCCAGCCCGUGCAGCCCACCGCAGACCCCCGGACGUCGAUUCCGGCUGCCUGCGGCGACCCCUGCCAGCGUGACAGUGCAACAGCGCAGCAGGACCGAGGCUGAGUGCAGGAGAAGCGC